UAUGAUUACCAUCUGGUCUUUAAUAAUCUCCUCAGUGCAUUUCGUAAAUAAAUAAUAUCCCCCAGUGGCCAUAUCUUCUCUAAAAGUCAAAUGCAACUGCACAAUAAGUUACGAGUUAAAAUCUGUUUGAAUCCAAAUUAACAUGUAUAAAAUCCCCAUUUUGAAUCAGUGUGAACGGCAGCGACUGGGGCUUACCCAGAAGCAGUUACUAACCGUUUGUCAUGGUUAGAAAAAGCAGUUACUGGAUAAGUACUUGUAUAAAAAAAUUGCGCCCUCUGCAUCCAUAAAAAUUUUUCUCAGUUCUCUUACUUUGGCUUAAUUAUCGUUCCUGUCUAGCAUUCAUGGAGCAAACUGGAGAAGAUUUUGGAAUCAAAAUCUACACUGCAUCCCCCAGAAAUGAUCCAGUGCCAUUUUCUUCUUCCAAUAUUCCUCAAGCCCCUCAAGAACCAGGCGCCAAAAGGCGAGCCGUUGCUAAAGGAGUCCAAAAAACUCUUUCAAAAACUUCAAUGCUCGUAAACUUCCUUCCUACAGGAACCCUUUUAACCUUUGAAAUGAUUCUUCCAUCUGUAAUCAAGAAUGGAGAGUGUACUCAUGUUUCUAUUCUGAUGCUUCUUGUCCUUCUUGGCCUCUGCGCUGUUUCUUGCUUCUUUUUUCAUUUCACAGACAGUUUCAAAGGCCCUGACGGGAAAGUUUACUAUGGCUUUGUUACUCCAAAAGGGUUGGCUGUUUUCAAGCCGGGACUUGCUGUGGAAGUGCCUAAAGAUGAGAGGUAUAAAGUUGGAUUCACUGAUUUCGUUCAUGCUAUGAUGUCUGUCAUGGUCUUUGUGGCGAUUGCCUUCUCAGAUCAUAGGGUAACCGAUUGUCUGUUUCCUGGUCACGUUAAGGAGAUGGAUCAAGUGAUGGAGAGUUUUCCUCUUAUGGUUGGUAUAGUCUGCAGUGGCCUGUUUCUGGUCUUCCCUAAUACUCGAUAUGGAAUAGGUUGCAUGGCUACUUGAUUAUGGUGCUUCUGUAACUCAGUUUAGGAUUUGUUCGUGUUUUAUCAGUUUUUGC